UCACGCUUGCGAGACAAUUUUUUUUUCCCACCUCCAACUCGGUGUGCUAUCAUCGUCGUUGUGAUCCUCGUUGGCACAAAUUGAAAAAAAAAAGAAAAAUUGCAGUAAUAAAUCUGCCCUGUUUCUGUUGUUGAUAUUUUACGGUGAAAUUGUUUUAAAGUGGACUAUAACCGUUGAAAUCGUCUGAGCAAUGGAUCUUACGACUCAUCGGCCUGAUAUUUCCGCGGUUCACCAUUCAGCAGACAAUUUUUGUGUAACAGGCGGGAACUAUGUUUCUCCGAGUGUGAGCAACGCUCCCGGUCCUCGGGCAGCCAAGUCCGUCUUUUCUAUUCGCAGCAUUGUUGAAGAGAACAAAAAUGGAGCUUCCUCCUUAUCAGGUUUGAGUGACGAAGGCUGCGAAAGGCCAUUUUUAGCCGGCUCCUCUAGAAACAUGGGGAUUUACGACAAAUCAGCACCAACUUCGAUGGAAGAUUCCGCAGUGCGAGCUGAAUCGGUUCCUGAUUUUCGAUUGCGUGACGACAUGUCGGGAGUUUCGGGCCUCAUUGGCAAGGCUCAUCAUCCAUCGACCAGCUACGGCCGGAUACAUCCGUCUUUGCAAUCGGAAGAGUCGAGGAACAAUUCGGGCAAGCGGAACAUCUCCUCCGAUGUCACCAGUGACGAUCUGAAUAGCACGGCGUCCAACGAAGACGCCAACGACGCUGAUCACGAAUCGCGUAAAGGUGGAUUAGGCAACGGGGAUAACGAUGGCGAUGGCGACGCGGCCGGAAGUGACGGCGAUCAUCCCGAUGAGUUUACGCCUAAGCGGAAGCAAAGACGUUACCGCACCACUUUUACUAGCUAUCAAUUAGAGGAACUUGAAAAGGCCUUUUCUCGCACUCAUUAUCCGGAUGUGUUCACAAGGGAAGAACUAGCGAUGAAGAUUGGGCUGACCGAAGCUAGAAUUCAGGUUUGGUUCCAAAACCGGCGCGCGAAAUGGAGGAAACAGGAGAAAGUGGGUCCGCAAGGACAUCCCUACAGCCCAUACGGUGCUACGGCCAGCGGAGCUGGAGGAGCGAAUGGGAUGCCAACUUUGCAUAAUCACCAUCACCAUACUCAUCAACUGGGCACCGGUGGCUCGGCUUCUGGUUCCAACGGCGGGGCCGGAUCGUUACCUCUUCCGGUUUCGCUUGGCGGGCCGCAUCCAUUCCCAGUUCAUCUCGGUUCCAAUCAUCCGUACAUGCCGCGCAAAUCGUUGGAUUUCUUAACUCGCCUACCCAAUCUGCCGACCUCGCCCAUGGUGCACGGCCUUCCGGUGACGAUGGCAAAUUUGCACGGCCUAUCCGGUAUGCCUCCGGGCUAUUUAUCACCCGGCAUCGCUUCUCCCUUUUUCGGUUCGGCGCUUCACGGCUACCGCCAUCCGCUGGUGAACUCCGUUUACAGCCAACCCAACCCGUCGAUGGCGGCCCACUCGUUCCAGGCCCUUUUGGCUUCGCUCUCCAAUCAAAGACCGAAAUUAGCCAGCGAAUUGUGUCCGAACGAUUAUCAAUCGCUGCUGUGCAGACUGUCAACACUGCACCAGUCAACGUCGCCAACUGGUUUGACAUCGUUGGCUUCACCUCCGUCUCACCACCCGGUUUCUCUUCAGCAGCCACAGGUUGCGCAACCAGGUGCGGCGCCUUCCGUUAGCCCUUCGAGUGCUCCGGCCAGUAGCUGCUCUCCCGUUCCUCAAAGUAUCAGCGCUUGUGGCAACAGCAGCGGUGGCGUCGGUAAUGGUGAACUGCCCCCAGCAGCUAGCUCUCCUUUGGGUGGUGAGUUGGAUCGCAGAGCCUCCAGUAUAGCCGCUUUGCGUUUGAAAGCCCGGGAGCAUGAACUCCGCAUUGAGAUGAUGCGGAAGAGCGGGACCGAUUUGCUCAGCUGAAGACGCACACACACACGCAAUAAUUAUUUAUGGGGGGAAGCCUUUUGCGAAAAAAUCGCCUUCUUGACACGAGCUGCGCAUCGCCUAAAGCCAAUUUGCUCACAAUUUCAUUUUUUUUUUCAUUUCCAUUUUUCCCAUUAAAGUAUUUCCCUUUUUGAAAAAAAUUAUAAUUUAGCUCAAAACUAAACAAACAAAAAAAUUACGCUUUUUGGUUUAUCUAUUUUUAUUUUUUAUUUUUUUUUAUCUCUUUGAAUUGAAACUAAUUUGUAUUGGAUUGCGUGUCUCCUUCCGAUUUCCGCGUGUUCUUCUUGUACAUUGGAUUUUGUUUUGUGUUUUGUCUCCUUUGCCGAUUUCAGAUUCAGAUGGCGAGCUAUUAACGAUUAAGAACCUUAUUUCACAUGAAUAUUAGCAUUAGAAUCGCUGCAGCGCUUUCCUCUAUUUUUUUUGUUUCUCUUCAAAGUUAUGUCAUCGUUUCCUGCUCGCCACUCAUGUUCCUUUUGAUAAACGUUUCUCUCAAUACA